CUCUCCGCUCCCACCCCCUCCUCCUCCUCCUCCUCCGCCUGCCCCAUGGCCCAAAUCUACACCCUCCCCACCACCGACGCCGCCUGCGCCGUCCCCAACAAGCCCGCCUCAAACUACACGGCCGUCAUGGCGCAGUGCUGCCACGCCGCGCCCGUCACCAAGUACGCCGACGGCUGCGGGCUGUACUGCCUCGCGGCGGGGCAGUCGAUCGGGGAGCUGUCGACCUGCCUCACGGGCAAUGGGGUCGGCGUCGGGGAGGCGUUUUGCAAUAAGAACACGACGAGUACCGCGACGGGGAAGGUUGAGAGCUCGGGGGCGAGUAAGACCAGUGCGGCGACGCAGACGAAGCGGAGUGCGACGGGGACGGCGGCGGCGGGGGCGACGAGUACGGGGGCUGCGGCGAGUGGUUAUGUGAGGGGGCAGGGCAUGUCGAAGGCCGGGGUUGCGGUGCUGGGGUUGUUGCUUUUGUCGAGUGCAGUGGGGGUGUUCUUGUAG